AUGGACGCGAAACUCAAGUCCCUCAAAGUUACCGACCUACGCGACCUGCUCACCAAAGCUGGGGAGCCCGCCCCCAGCAAGGCGAACAAGCAAGACCUCAUCGCGCGCGUAUCCGCGUCCCAGGCUGCUCUUGCCGCGUAUCGCGCAAAGUAUGAAGCCCCAGCGGCGGGAGAAGCUCCAGCCAUGCAGGAAGAGGACGAGCUGGUAGAUUAUACGGACGACGUUGAACCUGCCGCGGCGCCGGUGUCAGCAGCGGUGCCGUCGCCCCCUGAGCCAGCUCCAGCAGCCUCUACUGCGGCCCCCACAUCUGCCAUUGCCGCCACAAACUCUACCGCCUCCGCCGCGAAAGCUGGCAACGCGCCUGAAGCGCCCGCCGCCGACAGCACUUCCCCGUCCACCGAAGCCGCUCCUGCUGUCCCAUAUGACUGGCGCAACGAUCCCGCCGUUCAGGAAAAAGAGGACGACCCGCCUGACCUCAAGGCUCGCAAAGCCCGCUGCCGGCGCUUCAACGUACCGCUGGUCAAUCCGACUGCCCCCACUCCAGAGCGCAAGGGACGUCGUGGUCAAGGCAACAAGACCACCUCUCCUAAUGCGCAGAAGCGCGCAGCUUCUGCUGUUGCGAACGCGGAGUCGAAGCCUCCAGCGAAAGGCAACCCUAUCGUCGAGGGGCUCUCUGAAGAGGACAAGAGGAAGCUGGAAAUGCGGAAGAAGCGGUUCGAGCAGCUCCUGCCAGGGCAGAUGCCUCCCAAGCCCGCCCCCAAGCAAGAGAACGGCGAGACCAAGCUGGGUGCCAACGCGCCGCCGACCUCUCCGCGGGGGACGAAGCGUACUUCAGCCGAGGCGGUGGACCCCGAAGAACAGGCCAAGCGUCAGCGACGUGCCGAGCGGUAUAACGGGAAGAAGUCUGCUGCGGAAACGACAGCGAGACAGGCAGUUCAGACAGCGUAG